GAGCCCUCCCCCCGGCCGUGCCUUUUCUGUGGCGGAAGCAAGAAGAUGGCGAACAGCGAUAUGUGACGCUCGCCAUUCUCGCAAUCACGAUCACAGGCACAGAUCCGGUGAUGUAAUCUAGCGAUCCCAAGUUGCCAAUUUGUUGUUUAAAAAUAUGCAUCAGAAUCCAACACGCAUCCGAAUCACUAUUUUAACCUGGUCAAUCGCCCUCUCUGCCUCUCUGUCCCCCCGGAUUCGUUUCCACGAGCCUUGAGAGAAAAAUCGGAGUCGCUGCUCCGAUUGCGCGCCUUCUCAGCUUCACGCUUUCCGUCUUCAGGUGUUCUCGGAUUUGCCAUAUUUAUCCAUCGGGAGAUCGAUCGAAGGAUGGAUUGAGGGGGGCGUCGCCGUCGUCUGAUGAUGUGUGGGAUUUGAGUUGAUGGAAACAGCGGUGUGUGCAAAGAACAGAUUGAGUACUGGGGGUGUUUUACCUCGACCUUACUCGUGGGUUCUUUCAUUGAGUAGAAGACCUCCUUUUGGUUGGCAGGUUAUGCAUAUUCUUGAGUAUAGAAGUAGAAAGUUCUGUCAUUUCAAGUGAAAUGGGAACAAAGAUUUCUAUUGAAGAAAGUGCUAGAAACAACCAACUGUGCGCAAAAAACUUCUCAUUUUUUAUUUCUGAGAAAAUGGAAGAAUUUGUAAAAAAUACCAAAACUGCAAGUGAUCUCAGUGUUAGUUUUGGGUACCAGUGCAGUACCUUUCAGAUUAGCUCAUCUGAAGCAAGUUCUGAGAUGGAAUCCUCUCCUAGUUCACAUAUCCAAGAAUCCAACAUGAAGAUAAGAACCAGUUCUUUCUCCUGUUUGUCUGGUGCCGCACUCAGUGCAAAUGCUACCUUGGCAAACACCAACAUAUGCAAUGGUCUCAUUGGAGAAGAGAUUUUACCAGAACUAGACUCACCACAGUCUUUCAAAAGGGUGUCAUCUUCUGCAUCUCUCUCAAGACUGGACUUGCAUUCAUCACCUUCACCAUCUGAAAACGGUAUCCUCAGUGCUCCCACAAGGGUUCAGUCCUCAAGUUUUCUAAGUGCCAUGGAUGUGCAAAUGGCUGGUGGAGCAGCUGGUGAAGAUCGUGUUCAGGCAGUGUGCUCUGAAGAGAAUGGAUGGCUCUUCUGUGGAGUAUAUGACGGGUUCAAUGGGCGAGAUGCGGCUGAUUAUUUAGCUGUAACCCUUUAUGAAAACAUAGGCUGCAACUUGUUCUUGUUGGAGUGCAGUAUUACUCAAAAAAAUGCAGUGAAAAAUAUUGGCAGUAAGAGUGAGCUGUCCUUUACUAUUGAGAGUGGGAACAGAUUGGAGUCACUGUACUCUUUGGAGGAAGAGUUCUCAUCAGAUUCUUUCCAGCUAGGUGUGCUGAAUUGCCUUGGUAAUUCCUUGCUCCAAGCCGAGAAUGAUUUUAUGUACAGGGUAGAGCAAGAAAUGGAAGAUAGACCUGACUUAGUUUCAGUCGGUUCUUGUGUCUUAACAGUGCUUCUCCGUGGCAUGGACUUAUAUGUUAUGAAUCUAGGGGACAGUAGAGCUGUGCUUGCUACAAUUUACGCAAAGAAUGAAGCACCUCAAGCUAUACAGCUAACAGAGAACCACUCACUUGAGAAUGAGGCAGAAUAUAAGAGAAUUUUAUCUGAUCAUCCUGAUGAUCCUUCACCAAUUGUGGGUGGGAGAGUGAAAGGAAAAUUAAAACUUACACGAGCAUUUGGUGUUGGUUACUUGAAGAAGAAACAUUUGAAUGAAGCUCUAAUGGGAAUUCUUCGUGUUCGUGACCUGCGUAGUCCACCAUAUGUUCAUAAUCAUCCGUUCACUAUGAGUCAUAAAGUCUCAGAGAAUGACCUGUUUGUUGUUUUGGGCAGUGAUGGAUUGUUCGACUUCUUCACAAAUGAUGAAGUUGUGCAACUAGUUCACCAGUAUAUGCAGGACAAUCCAUUCGAUGACCCAGCAAAACACUUGAUCGAGCAGCUUGUGCUACGAGCUGCACAAAAUUCUGGUUUUUCUGUUGAGGAACUGAUGAACAUUCCUGUGGGAAGGAGAAGAAAGUACCACGACGAUGUGACUGUCAUUGUGAUCAUCCUUGGGAACAAGCAGCGAACCUCAACCGCAUCGACAUCGUUGUAGAAUAGUUGUGUUUGUUAUGGUUUGAGAAUAAUGUUGUGGCAUUUUGUAUGGCAAUGAAACAGUGCUAUAUGUCUUGGUGUAAAUGCUUAUGCAUUGGUGUUUUGUUAUGGCAAACUAUCGAGAAUGUUCUCUUUUGAUUGGGUUCAA